AGAGAAUGGUGCACCCAGACCCGCCGAGUCGCGUGAGAAUUCAACUCCUCUCAGAUGCUGUCCCCGCGCAACUUUAACCACACAUGCGCGGUUUUAUAGGCUUGCGUUUUUGUUUGGAAAGUUUUAAAGCCCUUCUUUAUCUCUGUGCAUUCACACGUUUCAACAAAUGGCUUGGAUUAUUCCUCAACAUCUCCACCGUCCCCGCGCCGCGUUCAUCCUGCUCGCGCUCGUGCUGACAGGUGAAGCGUCCGCGCAGCUUUUCAAUAGUUAUGGAUUAUCGUAUGCCGUGCGACCCGAUCUGGCUGAGGACGCUGUACUGGUGGCCAACAAUGGAAUACGCGUGCCUUUCGGGAGGUCCGUCUUUAUUGAUCCAAUCAACGACCUGGUGAUCCAAGUUCAGCCCGGAGAUAGAUGUGGGAUAACAGUUCUGGACAAUGACCCGCUGUCCCAAAGGCCCGGGCACCUGUCUCCCAAAAAGUUCCCAUGUGAAUUCGGUCCUAACGACGUGAAAUACUCCCACUUCGGCUCUCGGAGCCCAGCCAAGGAUAGAGUGAGGUUACAACUCAGGUACGACACCCAGACGGACACAGUGAUUAUCCCUUUCAUGAUGGAGGUGGAGGUCAUCUUUACUCAGUUGGAAGUGCUGACCAAAAACAUGCCCCUCACGGUGGAGAGGCAUCUCGGCACAAGUAACCCGAUUGACAAGAGAUCACUGGAGUUCACCUUCGACCGAGGCACACACCAGUGUAAAAUAGCAUCGCUUUCCACUGGCAGUGCGAUACCCAGAUACGGAAAACUUGUGGAUGAUGGGAACCUGGGAACAAUGUUUGACUGCGAUGAAUUCAUGAAUAUGAACGUCCGUUAUCAGCACACUUUCGCUCUGAAGUCGCCGAACAGAGAUUAUAUCCCAAUGUUCGUGGAACUACAAGAUAAGGAGGGCAAUUUGCUCAAACAGGAAUUUUUUCAAAUAUUAGUGCGGAUUAAGGAGGGGGAGGACAACUCGGCUCCGAAACCCAGCUUCGUAGCCAUGAUGAUGAUGGAAGUGGACCAGUUUGUCAUGACAGCGAUCACAACAGACAUGCUGGCGGCGGAGGACAUUGAGUCAAUCCCGGAUGACUUAAUUUUCAACAUAACCUCCCCUCUAUCGUUCGAGGAAGGAUACAUAGUGAGCACAGACGACAGGAAUUUGCCAAUCACGUCGUUUUACCAGGGAGACCUGAAAGAGUUGAAAAUAGCCUACAAACCCCCUGCCGUGGAUUCUGACACUGAGAGGAUUUUCCAAAUUGUGUUUGAGAUUGUCGACACAGAGGGGGCUGUGUCAGAUCCCUUCGCUUUCAUGAUUGUGGUUAAGCCCAUGAACACAUUGGCCCCUGUGGUGACCAGGAACAGCGGGCAGCUGCUCUACGAGGGUCAGUCGAGGCCCCUUUCCAGCGCACACAACCUGGAGAUCAGCGAUGAGGACAACCUGGAUAAGGUCAGGGUCGAAGCCAUCGCAGGCCUGCGCCACGGAUACCUCAGCGUUUUCGGCUCGGGGAGUAAGUUCUUCACGCCGGCCGACCUGGACGCCGGCGUGGUCGCCUACCAACAUGAUGGCAGCGACACGUACAGUGACAACAUCAUCUUCAGGAUGACUGAUGGCAAGAACGAGGUGGAGUUCCUCUUCCCCAUUACGGUGGUGCCCACCGAUGACGAGCCGCCGAUCAUUAACGCCAACACAGGUUUGGUUUUGUUUAAAAACCAGAUCAUGCUCAUCUCCCCUCUCAUGCUCAGCGCCGCUGACAUCGACUCGGAGGAUUCCACCAUUUUAUUCGAGAUAGAACCGCCCUUUUCUGCCAUCGGGCAGGUGAUGCUGCGGCAGGCUGAGGCCCCGGAGGACCCAUCCACCUGGAAGUUCAACGCUGAGGAAGAGCUCUAUGAGAAGGUGGUCACCGAUUGGGUGCAGCAGGACAUCACAGACGGCAAACUCUUCUACAAGCACGUCGGGCCCCACAGCACCGACACCGUCAUGGAUCACUUUGUGUUCAGAGUUCAGGAUGACAACGACCCACCCAACCAGUCGGGUCAGAGCUCAUUCAUCGUCAAGGUUCUCCCUGUCGACGACCUCCCACCUGACAUUUACCCUGGUACGACCCUGCAUAUGACCGUCCAUGAGUACCAGCUCACCUUCUUCCGCAAAAAGUUUCUCCGCUACACAGACCUGGACUCGGAAGACCGGGAUCUGAAGUACACAAUUGUCCAGCCGCCGACUGAUACUGAUGAGAACAGCCCUGUAGUGCUGGGAUCAAUAGUAUUGACAGAAAAGCCAGACACUGAAGUCAUUACUUUCACUCAGGCACAGAUUAACCACCAUAAAAUCUCUUACAAGCCACCAUACCUGGAGCUAGGAAUUACAACUCACGUAUUACAGUUUAAGUAUAUUGUGGAAGAUACUUCCGGAAAUCGUGCAGAGGGAUUGUUUACCAUCAUUCUUCAGCCCGUGGAUAACACGCCGCCAGAGAUCACCAACUCCGGCUUCGGUGUCUUUGAGCGUGGCACCCAUGUCAUCACCCGUACGGAGCUGCACACUUCAGACACUGACACUGACAGCAGACAGAUCUCUUUUACGUUGACACAGGCCCCGCUGCAUGGCCACUUCCGGUUCAUGUUCACCGACAUGACCAAAGGGCACACGUUCAAUCUGGAGGACAUCGGACACGGCAGGAUCUCGUACGUCCACAAUGGAGACGAAUUAACUAUUGAUUCAAUACAGAUAGACGUCAGCGACGGAGUGCACGUUGUUCCCAUCACCAUCAAGAUCGGCGUGAAGCCCAUCGACGACGAGACACCGACCAUCACGCUGCCAGCGGGAACGAUUGGCUCGUAUAUGGAUGUCCUAGAGAACGGAGCAACCGAAAUAACCACAAAUGUUAUCCAGGGACGAGACGAGGAUACCGACGACCUCCGGCUGACGUAUAUCGUGGAGGACCCGCCGAUAUUCGGUCAGAUCCUGGUGAACGGCAGGUGGUCUGACAGGUUCACCCAGGCUGACAUCAUCAGCGGUCUGGUGCUAUACGCGCACACCAGUGGCGAGAUCGGCUUCACCACCAAAGAGGACUUCUUCAACCUCACCCUGACCGAUCUGUCUGACGAGUGGACCGUGGGGGGUAACAAAAUCACCGGGGUCCGAGUUCAUGUGACCAUACUUCCCUUGGACAGCCAGGCGCCAGAGGUUUUCGUGGGGCCACAGUACGUGGUCACCGAAGGUGGGAAAAGUGCUGUUGAGAUCAUGCACAUCAGCACCAGUGAUGUGGACACCCCAAAUGACGACCUCCUCUGCACCAUCAUUGUCCAGCCGACGUCCGGCUACGUGGAGAAUAUCUCCCCUGCCCCUGGCUCAGAGAAGUCCCGAUCGGGGACAGCCAUCAGCGCUUUCACUAUGAAGGACAUCCGACAGAGUCACAUUUUCUACGUCCAAAGUAUUCACAAGGGCUUGGAGCCGGUUGAGGACAGGUUCACGUUCCGGUGCUCUGACGGCAUCAACUAUUCUGAGAGGCAUUUCUUCCCCAUCUCCAUAAUCCCCUCUAAUGACGAGAAGCCAGAGAUCUACAUGAGAGAGUUUGUGGUGAUGGAGGGGAUGAACAUAGUGAUCGACACCCCAAUACUGAAUGGCGCUGACUCAGAUGAACCGCCAGAUGAACUGAUGUUUAUCAUCACAAGGGGCCCCCAGCAUGGCUACAUACUCAAUCAGCUCACCUCCGGCACAGUCACUGUCACUAACUUCACCUUAGAUCAGAUCAAAGAGGCCUCCAGCAUCGUCUACGAACACGAUGACUCCGAGACAACGGAAGACAGCUUCGAUGUUGUUCUCACAGACGGAAAGUUCAGCGUGGAGAAGACUGUAAUCAUUAUGAUAAUCCCCAUCGAUGAUGAGACUCCGCGGAUGGCGAUCAAUGAUGGACUGGAGGUAGAGAUAGGUGACGUGAACGUGAUAAGCAGUACAAUUCUAAAGGCCACCGAUCUGGACAGCGAAGAUAGCUCUCUGACGUACAUCGUCCGCUACGGGCCCAGUCAGGGCUAUCUGCAGAAGACGCCGGCCGACGGCUCACUACUAAACAUCACUGUCGGCAUGAACUUCACCCAGAACGAAGUGGACCUUGGGUUGAUCGUGUAUGUCCACAACGGACAAGAAGGGAUCCGCGACCUCAUCAAGUUUGACGUGACGGACGGCACCAACGCCCUGAUCGACCGGUACUUCUACGUCACCAUCGGAGGCAUCGACAUGGUUUUCCCCGACGUGGUCAACAAAGGCGUGUCACUGAAGGAAGGCGGCAGGGUGUCCCUGACCACCGACCUGCUCAGCACCACCGACCUCAACAGCCCCGACGAACACCUGGUGUUCACCAUCACCCGAGCCCCUGCGAGGGGUCACCUGGAGUGCACGGACACCCCUGGAAUGCCCAUCGCGUCCUUCACUCAGCUACAGCUGGCGGGAAACAAAAUCUACUAUGUCCACACAGCGGAUGACGAGGUGAAGAUGGAUAGCUUUGAGUUUGAGGUGACAGAUGGCUACAACCCGGUGUUCCGCACCUUCCGUAUAUUAAUCACCAACGUGGAUAAUAAACGUCCCGUGGUAACAAUGCACGGCCUCAGCAUGACCGAGGGAGAGAACAAGCUCAUCACACCCUUUGAGCUGACGGUGGAGGACAGGGACACGAUGGAUCACCUGCUGAGGUUCACCGUCACUCAGGUGCCGGUCCACGGCCGCCUGCUGUUCAACAGGACCAGGCCCGUCACCUCCUUCACCAAGCAGGACCUGAACGAGAACAUGAUCACAUACAAGCACGACGGCACGGAGAGCGCCGAAGACAGUUUCUCCUUCACCGUCACGGACGGCACCCACACCGACUUCUACGUGUUCCCCGACACGGUAUACGAGACCCGCAAACCCCAGGUGAUGAGGAUCCGGAUCCUGUCGGUGGACAACGGGGUGCCCCAGAUCUCAGUGAACAAAGGCGCGCCCACGCUGAGAGUCCUGGACACGGGUCACCUAGGCUUCCUCAUCACCUCCAAGACCCUGAAGGCCCAGGACCGAGGCAGCCGGCAGGACUCUGUGGUCUUCAGGGUCAGCGUGUUCCCGGAGCACGGCUACCUCAUCAACCUUGGUAGAGGAAACGCCACGGUGUCCAGCUUCACCCAAGCCGAAAUCGACGACAUGAAGAUAUGCUACGUGCUGAAGAACGGAGACAACUCUACGAGUGACACCUUCCACUUCUCCAUCGAGGACAAAGGCGGCAACCAGCUGAGGAACCAGCCAUUCCGUCUCAACUGGUCCUGGAUCUCCCUGGAGACGGAGUUCUACGUGGUUGAUGAGGAGUCUAAAGUGCUGGAGGUGGUUUUGAGGAGGAGGGGCUACCUGGGAGAGACCUCCUUCAUCAGCAUCGGCACCCUGGACGGCACUGCCACCAAGGACAGUGACUUCCGGGGGAAGUCCCAGAAGCAGGUCCAGUUCAACCCCGGUCAGACCACGGCCGUCUGGAGGGUGCGCAUUCUGUCGGACGGCGAGUACGAGGAGUCCGAGCGCUUCCAGAUCGUUCUCUCUGAACCCGUCAUGGCGCUGCUGGAGUUCCCUGAGAAGGCCACGGUGGAGAUCCAAGACCCAGGAGACGAGUCCAGCGUGUUCUUCCCCUCGGCGCUCUACAACGUCCAGGAGGACGUGGGUGACCUCCUGGUCCCCGUCCGACGGGGCGGGGACGUCAGCCAGGAACUCCUGGUCGUCUGCUACACCCAGCAAGCGACAGCGACGGGCACUGUCCCCACCUCGGUCCUCUCCUACUCGGACUACAUCUCGCGCCCGGAGGACCACCGCAGCACGCUGCGCUUCGAGCGCGGCGAGGUGGAGAAGGCGUGCCGCGUGGUGGUCAUCGACGACUCGCUGUACGAGGAGGAGGAGAGCUUCAACGUCAGCCUCAGCAUGCCCGUGGGGGGUCGCCUGGCAACCCACUACCCCAGCGCCAGGGUCGCCAUCCUGCCCCACGCAGAGGACGUGUUUCGCGGCGCAGCUGGCGAGGACUAUGUGGGCAUCAGCAGGAGCCUGGACUUCGCUCCCGGGGUCAGCGUGCAGACGGUGAGGGUGGCGGUGCUGGAUGACCUGGGCCAGCCCCGCCUGGAGGGGGCGGAGAGCUUCCAGCUGGUCCUCCGUAUGCCCAUGAACGGCGUCCUGGGAGAGCCCAGCAAGACCACGGUGCUCAUCAACGACUCCGUCUCAGACCUGCCCAAGGUGCAGUUCCGGGACGCGGUGGUCUCGGGCGAGGAGGGCGGGGGCGGGGUCGUGGCGGUGGUGUACCGCAGCGGCGACCUGAGCUACCGCUCCACCGUGCGCUGCUACACGCGCCAGGGCACCGCCCAGGUCAUGAUGGACUUCAACGAGAGGCCCAACACUGACGCCUCCAUCCUCACCUUCCUACCAGGGGAGGUGGAGAAGCCCUGCCUGCUGACGCUGGUGGACGACGCGGAGCACGAGGAGGAGGAGGAGCUCCGGCUGGUGCUGGGGAACCCCCGCAGCGACUCCACGUUCGGAGCCUCCGUCGGCGCCCGCAACGAGACGCUCGUCAGGAUCCAGGACCAUGCGGACAGGUCCAUCAUCAGAUUCGGGGAGACCAAGUUCAGCGUGCUGGAGCCGGGGGAGGCCGGCCACGUGUCCCUGGUGAGGAUCCCCGUGGUGCGCGUGGGCGACACCUCCAAGGUGUCCCUGGUGCGCGUGCACACCAAGGACGGGUCGGCCACCUCCGGGGAGGACUACCACCCCAUCUCCGAGGAGCUGGUGUUCAGGGCAGGAGACCAGCAGCAUUACGUGGAGGUGGAGGUCUUGUUCGACGGCGUGAGGGAGAUGAGGGAGGCGUUUACCGUCCACCUGAGGCCUGACGAGAACAUGGUGGCCGAGACUAAGAUGAGCAAAGCCAUCGUCUACAUCGAGGAGGGCACCAGCAUGGCGGACGUCACCUUCCCCGCGCCGCCCUACGUGGUGUCCCUGCUGCUGUACGACGACCCCGAGCUCAGCCGGGACGCGCCCCCCGUCGCCGGGUACCCCGUCAUCUGUGUCACCGCCUGUAACCUCAAGUACGUGGACUUCCACAAGACGGGCUCCAUCUGUGCCAGUGAGAACAUCAACGACACGCUGACGCGCUACCGCUGGCUGGUCAGCGCCCCCGCGGGCCCCGGCGGCGUCACCGGCCCCCUGCGCGAGGUGGACUUCGACACCUUCUUCAGCUCCUCCAAGCGCAUCACCCUGGACUCGGUGUACUUCCAGGCGGGCUCCAGGGUGCAGUGUGCCGCCCGGGCCGUCAACGGGGACGGCGACCUGGGGCUGGAGCUCAGCAGCUCCCCCGUGUCCAUCAGCCUGGAGGAAGGGAUGUGCCAGCCGCGCGUGGUGGGCUCUGUGGGGGCGGAGCCGUUCUCUGCCAAGCUGCGGUACACGGGCGCCAACGACGUGGACCACCCCAACCUCAUCAAGCUCACCGUCAACAUGCCUCACAUCGACGGGAUGCUACCCGUGGUUUCCACCCGGGCCCUCUCCAACUUCGAGCUGACCCUCAGCCCGGACGGCACGCGCGUGGGCAACCACCGCUGCUCCAACCUGCUGGACCACCACGAGGUGCAGACCCGCCACGGCUUCCUGACCGACGCCACCCGCAACGCCGAGGUGAUCGGGGAGACCUCGCCGUACCAGUACAGCGCCGCGCUGCGGGGAGCGGGCACGCUGCGCUUCUACCGCAACCUCAACCUGGAGGCGUGUCUGUGGGAGUUCACCAGCUACUACGACAUGUCGGAGCUGCUCAGCGACUGCGGCGGCACCAUCGGCACCGACGGCCAGGUGCUGAACCUGGUCCAGUCCUACGUGACUCUUCGCGUGCCUCUGCACGUGUCCUAUGUCUUCCACUCGCCGGUGGGCGCCGGCGGCUGGCAGCACUUCGACCUGCAGUCAGAGCUCAGACUCACCUUCGUGUACGACACUGCCAUCUUGUGGAAGGACGGCGUAGGGAGCCCGCCGGAGGCUGAACUACAAGGGGCUCUGUACCCAACCAGCAUGCGCAUCAACAGCCAGGGCCUCCUCGUCGUCAACUUCCGCACCGAGGCUCGGUUCAGGGGCCUGUUUGUGCCCUCUCACCCAGCCUCGUUGAUGUCGUCCAUGGUCAUGUGCCCGGACCACCCUGGCUUGUCUUUUAACCUGAGCCUGGUGCGCACGGAGCCCACCUACAGCCAGCCCAUCCAACAGUGGACCUUCGUCUCCGACUUCGCUGUGCGCGACUAUUCCGGGUCGUACACAGUGAAGCUGUUGCCAUGCACAUCCCCCCCCAACGUGGAGUACAGCAUCCCCCCAACCUGCAACCCCCGGGACCCCGUCACCUUUGACCUGGACAUCCGCUUCCAGCAGGUGAGUGACCCCGUCGCAGCAGAGUUCAGCCUCAACACCCAGCUGCUGCUGCUCUCCAAGAGAGCUCUCUGGCUCUCCGACGGCUCCAUGGGCUUCGGGCAGGAGAGCGACACCGCCUUCUCUCAGGGCGAUGUGAUCUACGGUCGAGUGAUGGUGGACCCGGUACAGAACCUGGGGGACUCCUUCGUCUGCAGCAUAGAGAAGAUCUUCCUCUGCACUGGAGCGGACGGCUACGUUCCAAAAUACAACCCGGACAACUUUGAGUUCGGCUGUCUGGCCGACGCGCCCUCGCUGCUCUACCGCUUCAAGAUCAUCGACAAGGCCCAGCCCGAGACCCAGGCCCGCUCCUUCGGGAGUCUGGCCUUCGAGGCCUACCUCGCCGUGGACGACCCGGCGGCGCUGGCCCUGGUCCGACAGCCAGGAUCAGACGGCUUCAGGAUGGCCUCCUCGGCCCUCUUCCAGGUGGCGGCAGGGAGGGAGUGGUUCAUCCACACCAUCUACACCGUCCGCUCCCGGGAGAACGCCAACCGCGGCAUCGGCAAGCGCAGCCUGGAGUACCACUCGGUGGGCCGCCACGGGCCGCCGGCGCGGCCCCGCCCGCGGAGGUCCGCCGCCCAGCGCCCCGACCCGGUGGAGGGGAUCGGCACCGAGAACGACCGGGGGACCAACAUCCUGCACAUCGCGCUGGACCGCGGCCCCGGGGCCCGCCAGCGAGGGCCCGGCCCCCAGGAGGACGCGGCCCCCGGGGCGGGGGUGGCGCCGCGGGAGCUCAACCAGCGGGAGGAGGAGGGCGACGAACGGCUGGUGCUCGUCGUCGGCGUCGUGGUGGGGCUGCUCCUCGUCGCGCUCGUCGCCGUGGCGACCGCCCUGCUCGUGCGGUCCAGGAAAGACAAGUCGGCCGUCGGCAGGGAGCCCCCGGUGUCGGCCAGCACCGAGCCCAUGGUGGGCGGAGGGGGAGGCGGAGACAGCUCCGAGGUCUGA